UUUGCGUUGAGCAGCCAAAUGGCCCUAGCUUCUGCUCCUGCAGUUUUUCCAUGGAAAUACCAUGUGUUUCUGAGUUUCAGAGGUGAAGACACCCGUAGGGGUUUUACAGAUCAUUUAUACAAACAGUUGGAGGGGCGAGGAAUCAAGACUUUCAGGGACGAACCGGAACUUGAAAGAGGGACAGAAAUCAAUCCAGAGCUCAUGAGGGCAAUUGACCAAUCAAGGUCUGCAAUCAUAGUUCUUUCGACAAACUUUGCUUCUUCAAGUUGGUGUUUGCGAGAACUUACUCAUAUUGUUCGAUGCAUGAAAGAGAAAAAGAGAAUUUUUCCCAUUUUUUAUGGCGUGGAUCCUUCUGAUGUACGCCAUCAGCGAGGGAGUUUUGGGAAAGCCAUUGCGGAACAUGAAGUAAAUUAUCGAGAACACAUGGAGGAGGUAAAUGAGUGGAGAAAGUCGUUGAAAAGGGUGGCUAAUCUCGCUGGGUGGAAUUCAAAGGAUUAUAGGUAUGAUACAGAGCUUAUCCAAGGAAUCGUCAAUACACUAUGGGAGAAAGUGCAUCCUACGUUUUCAAUGUUAGAUUCCUCAGAGAGGUUUGUCGGAAUUGAUUCUAAACUGGAGGAAAUAGAUUUGCUUUUAGAUACAGAUGCAAACGAUGUUCGCUUUAUAGGGAUACGGGGGAUGGGUGGAGUGGGUAAGACAACCCUAGCUAGAUUAGUUUACGAGAGAAUUUCUGAUGAUUUUGAAGGUAGCAGUUUUCUUGCUAAUGUUAGAGAGGUCUGCAGAGCACAUGAUGGUGUAGCUCAUCUACAAAAGCAGCUUCUUUCUGAUAUCUUAAGGGAAAAUAACAUACAAGUUUGGAAUGCUUAUAGUGGAAUCACUAGGAUAAGUAGGUGUUUAUGCAGUAAAAAGGUUCUUCUCAUACUCGAUGAUGUGGAUCAAUUAGACCAACUAGAAAAGUUGGUCAAACAAAAAGAGUGGUUUGGUUUCGGGAGUAGAAUCGUCGUUACAACUAGAGAUGAACGUUUGUUAGUUGAACAUGGUAUAGAGAUGGUAUAUGAGGUUAAGCCAUUAACCCAAGAUGAAGCUUUUUCUCUCUUUAGUUGGAAAGCCUUUAAAGAUGAUGAGUUGGAAGAGGAUUUUUUAGAACUGUCUAAAUGUUUCAUCAGUUAUGCAAGAGGUCUUCCAUUAGCUCUUAAAACUUUAGGGUCUUUAUUGUACAAAAGAGGUCGAGAUGAAUGGAAGAGUGCACUAGAUAAACUGAAGCAAGCUCCAAAUAAGACAAUUUUUGAAACAUUGAAAAUAAGUUAUGAUGGACUAGAUGAGCUUGAGAAGAGAAUCUUCCUUGACAUUGCAUGUUUCCAUAAGUUUUGUGAAAGGGAGCGAGUAAUUGAAAGACUAGAAAACUGUGGCUUUGUUGGCACUCGCGUUGUGAUCCAAGUUCUUUUUGAGAAAUCUCUCUUGUAUAUUUCAUACAAGUCUGUGUCUAUGCAUGAUUUGAUACAAGAAAUGGCAUGGGAGAUUGUUCGACGAGAGUCUUACGAGGAGGCAGGUGGUCGUAGUCAGUUGUGGCUUCCUAAUGAUAUCUUGCAUGUGCUUGCAGAGAAUACAGGAUCAGAAGCAAUUGAAGGCAUAGUUUUACACUUAAGUGAAUUUGAAGAGGCACACUGCAAUCCUGAAGCUUUCACUAAGAUGUGUAACCUGAGGUUGCUCGACAUUCAUAAUGUGAGCCUUUCUAAGGGCCCCAAGUAUAUUCCGAAUGCUUUAAGAGUUCUCAAAUGGAGCUGGUAUCCCUCCAAAUGUCUCCCACCAAUUUUUCAACCGGAUGAACUUACAGUACUUAGUCUGCAGCAUAGCAAAAUUGAUCACCUUUGGAAUGGAAUAAAGUGCUUGGGCAAUUUGAAGUCUAUCGAUCUUAGUUACUCCCACAACAUGACAAGGACCCCAGAUUUCACAGGUAUUAAAAAUCUCAAAGAGCUGGUUCUUGAAGGUUGUACCAAUUUAAUUAAGAUUCAUUCAUCCAUUGGGUUUCUCAGAAGGCUUAGACUUUUAAAUCUCAAAGACUGUAAAAGUAUUAAGAAUCUCCCAAACAAGGUAGAAAUGGAAUCUCUUGAAGUAUUUGAUAUUUCUGGCUGCUCAAAACUGAAAAAGAUUCCAGAAUUUGUUGGAGAAAUGAAAAAUUUCUCUAAGCUUUCUGUAAGCCGAACCGUUGUUCAGGAAAUACCUUCCUCAGUUAUACGUUGGAGUUUGGAGGGGAUUGAUUUAAGUGGAAUUACUUUGAGAGAGACGGAAUCCUCCCUGGUUUCAGUGAAAAUUUCUCAACUAACAAAUUUUCUUGGAUGUAAUGCACCACCAGCUAGAUCAUGGCUUUCCUUCAUUUUUGGCGAAUUUCCAACAAAGAUUUCUCACCCUGUGAGUCUGGUCUUAGCUUCAUUGAAAGAUUUAUGCUUUCUGAAGAAUUUAAAUCUGGAGGACUGCAAUCUUUGUGAAGGAGCAAUUCCCGAGGAUAUUGGUUUCUUGUCUUCUUUAGAAAAACUAAAUCUUAGCGGAAACCAUUUUGUUAGCCUUCCUGCAAGCAUCAGUGGGCUUUCUAAGCUGAUGUGUUUUGAAUUGCAAAAUUGCAAAAGGCUUCAACAACUGCCAGCCACUUCCUUAAACAGCAGAUUAAGUAUACACACAGAGAAUUGUACUUCCUUAAAAAUGCUCCGAUAUUUACCACAUGCUUGCAGAUCAAGCAAGUUUUGGUUGACUUCUGUCAAUUGCUUCAGUUUGGCUGGAAAUCAAGGUUGCAAUGCCAUAAUGCAUUCAAUGCUAAAGAGAUUCAUUCAGGAGCUCCCUCAUUUUGUGGAAUUUUUCAGUAUACUAAUUCCUGGAAGUGAAAUUCCUGAGUGGUUCAAUAACCAAAGCAUGGGGGAUUCGGUGAUUGAGAAGCUACCUUCGCAUUCAUGCAAUAGGGAGGGGAUGGGAUUUGCUUUAUGCGCUAUAUUUGCAGCUGCUGAAAGUAUUUCAGCUCCCACUUGUGGACGAAAAUGGCUACGACGUCAUGAAUAUUUAAUUGAAUUUCGUUGCAGUUUUGGUUCAAACAGCACCUUUCAAGACAUGCCUCAGACUAUUGGAAUUAUGGUUAACAAGGUAGUGUCAGAUCACCUCUGGUUGGUCUUUCUAUCUUGGAAAUUUCUUUUCCCAUCAGAUCAUCAACCUGAGAAAAAUCGUUGGGAGAGCUGCUGGAAUCAGAUUCAGUUUCAUUUCGAAACAGAAUGUGCUGUCGGAAGCAAGACAUGCUUGAAGGUGAAGAAGUGCGGAGUCCGUCCACUGUAUGAACAAGAUACAGAAGAAGAGCUGAACCGAACGACUAAACAAUAUUCCGACCGAAGCAUUUCUUUGUGUGAGGAUGUUACCAAUUGUGAUUUUGAGGAAUAA